AUGGCUUUCAAGUUUUCUCUGGGCACCGCCAAAGCCACCAAGGCGCAAUUGAACGCCAAAGCCAAGGAAGAAGAGGAAGCGAAAGCGCGCGAGGAGAAGAAUGCGCUCGACAAGGUUAUGGCUGAUUUCGAGGCGGAGCAUGGCACAGAGAAGAGUAUACUGGGGGAGCCUGAGAAGCAUGAAGCGGAAGAUGUCUUCGUUCCAACUGGAAGUAAGAGGCACUUUACAGGCAGACAACGGACGAUGAAGAGCGGCCCCGGCACCCUCGAAACCGAACCUCUCGAUGAUUAUCCAAGACCUGGCGCAGUACCAGGACGUCUGCCACCGCAGAUGCAGUCACGAUUUGGAGCAAAUGUACCUACAGGUCCUGCGUCACUCGAGGGCCCCAAGCAGUCAGAGAACGUCUUUACGACCGUCGUAGCGAAAGCCUCAAACCUCCCACCCUCGAUGGACGCACGUCGCGUAGAGGAGCUCUUCGCUGAUUUCCCGUCACUCAAAAUCACUCGCGUCGAGAAGAUACCACCCCAAGGCCCAUCGGUGAAGGGCAGGCCGUCAGCGACAAUGAAGGUCAUAUUCGACAAAGAGGCGAAUGCGCGAGACCUCGACGAGGCGAUGAACAAGCUCAACGACAAGAAAUACUUGGGAAAGGGUUACUACCUACAUCUGGACAGGUAUCUCGGCGGUCGUUCAGUGGACACAGCGCAGCGCACAGAGCCGUUCGGCGCACGGUGGCAGGCCCCCGAAUUACCCAAGGGCUUUGCGCCUCCGCCUGAUCUAGGUGGGGGAGGUGGAGGCGGGAGGGACAGACCACGUGAGGAUACUGAGCAACUCAUCGUCACUGCGAACCAGCCACCUGAUGUUGCUACACUCAGAUUAGUCCACCAGACCAUAGAAGGGGUUAUACUUGGCGGUGUGGAGUUUGAGGCUGCCCUGAUGAACGAUCCACAAGUUCAAGACGAGGAACGGUUCGCUUGGCUGUACGACCAGAAACACCCCGUUAAUCGUUAUUACCGUUGGCGCUUACAUCAAAUCGUCUGCGAUAGCCCGAAUCCCGAGAUCUUCGAGCGGCAUGGCGACUGGAGAGGCCCGGUGGAUCCUCUGCCCCACGAGUUUGCCGACCACUUGGGAGCUUUCGAGUCCGACGACGAAAGCGUGGACAGUGAAGACGAGGAGGAGAAGGAGAAGCCGCAAUACAAGCCUCUGCCAGUCGGUGAUAACUAUCCCGGACGAGUCGACAACGGACAUGGUAUCAUGAAUCCUAGAUCACGAGCAAUGCUUCUAUGGAUGCUUACCUCGGUCCCACCUGGCAGUAUUGUCGCUGAUGACAUUGCUGCUAUUUCGAACUUUGCUGUCGAGCAUGCCGGCCAAGGCAUGGACGAGGUCACUAGUAUUCUGGUAUCUAACAUCAUACAGCCCUUUCAGCUCACGGGUGCCAAUACGAGGAACCGCGCAAACGAUGCAGAGGGCAAAGACGACCUCCGACGUCCCGACGUCCGACAGGUAACGCUGAACGCUCUGCGCAUCAUCUCUGAUGUGCUCUUCGUCACUGCAAAAGAGUCGGGCGUUUCCUACAAGUACCGCCUAGCUAUCGGCACAGAGAUUGUGGAUCGCAGAGUUUUCGAACAUCUCGAACAACUUCCCGCAAAACUCGAGAUGGGUCGCAUGACAGAGAGGACUUUCAGGGAGGAAGUCAACAUUAUCCUCAAGGUGUGGGAAGAAGAGCACCUAUUCGAUGAUGCGACACUCAAGCAUCUUGAUGAGGCUUUCAAUGCGCGGGAGAGGCAAAAGCAAGAGGAUGAGGAGGCGAGACGAUUAGCAGAGAGGAGAAAACGCAAGGGCAACGUCGUCCGCAAAGUGCCGACUUCUGAGGCUACCGAAGGGGGUGAGCAGGUGAUGGACGUUGACGAGAUUGCAGAAGAUGCGACGGUUGAGCCUGAGCAAUCUUCUGUGAAAGACACUCCAGAGGCGCCUGUAGCUGAAGCCGUCGUGCCGGCAGAUCCACCAAAAGCAGCCGAAGCGAGAGAGGUUGAGAUACCUGGAGAGACGGCCGUCGCAAGAGCUCGCCGGUUGAGACCGAAGGCAGAGGACAUGUUUGCGUUGGAUGAGGAGGACUAA